AUUUAUGUUUAUAAAGACAGAGAUACAUAUAAACAGGGACUGAGGACCCCCCAUAGAUUUUGCUGUGAAGCCCAAACAGGAGCUCGCUGGUUUGCGGUGGGAGGGAGAGAGAGAGAGAGGAAGAAGAAGAAGAAGAAGAAGAAGAAGAAGAAGAAGAAUGAGAGAGCCAUGAAGGCGAAGAACAGAAAUAGCAUGAGAGAUAUGGAUUGUUAAUCUUAAAAUCCCAAUCAAAUCCUCUUUCUUUUUAUCCAUUCCGUUUUCUCUCGUAUUUUGACCGAGUAUUUGAGCAAUCGGGGCUGCGAUUGUUUGUUUUUGGCUUUGAACUCUGGUGAGAAGGAAAGAAGGCUUUCGAUUGGGUUAGGUUCGAAAUUUUGCUGUUUUUAGCUUGGUUGAGUUGCGGAGACAUGUUGGAGGAUCGUUCCUGCCUAGUUUCGAGGGUGUUUUCUAGUUCUUGUGGUAAAGAAAACAAGUGGUCUUACAUAAAUUAUCGUCUUGAAAUGGAAAUCCCAAAGAGCAAGCGCCCUUUGGAGAUAAAAGAGGAAGAGGAGCUCAGAGUAAGUAAGUUGCCCAAGCCUUCCAGCGCUAGUGAAAAGGUUGAGGUGUCGCCUAACUCACCUGACCUCAACUUGGCCCCAGCUGAACAAUCUGACGACCAUCUUUAUGCUCAGGAUUGUUUGGAUACAGGUUCUAUAGCACAUCACAUUGGUCGCGUUGAGUCACUAGACAUCUCCAUGAACUCUGCGGAUGAAUCUGAAAACCCGCAUCGCCAUUUAGAUGAAUCUGAUCAACUUGAGACAGCUGAAGCCCCGCCCGACCUCUCCCUUGCCCUGGCACACCAAUCCAGCAGCCCGCAUCAUUCCCAGAAUAUUUUGAAUUUGGAUCCCCCAGUACUCCCUGGUUCUGAAGCUGAGAUGGAUUGGACUCUGCCCAACAUGGGCCUCACUCUGGCAGACCAAUCCAAUGCCCAUUGUUGCACAGGGAAAAAUUCAGAUUUGGUUCAUGUUGAGAGGGCUUGUGCCUUGCCUGAUCUUUCUUACCUUUCCUUGUCUCUCAAAGACCAAUCUAACAACCAGCGUCAUGCAGGGCAUCAGUCAAAUGACUCAAGUUCGGACUCAUUAAUCCAUCCCAUUGGCAGAGAUAUGUCCAUCAAUUGCCUCCUUCGAUGUUCGAGGUCUAAUUAUGGCUCGAUUGCAUCUGUGAACCGGAGCUUCCGAUCAUUAAUUCGGAGUGGCGAACUAUACAGGCUGAGAAGAAACAAUGGUGUAAUUGAACACUGGAUUUAUUUUUCUUGCCAUCUUCUUGAAUGGGAAGCUUUUGAUCCAAUUUGUCGCAGGUGGAUGCAUUUGCCAAGAAUGCCGUCUAAUGAAUGCUUCAUGUGCUCUGAUAAGGAGUCCUUGGCUGUAGGGACAGAGCUUCUUGUGUUUGGCAAGGAAGUGACAGCUCAUGUCAUUUACAGAUAUAGCAUUUUAACUAACUCAUGGUCAUCCGGAAUGAGGAUGAAUGCUCCAAGAUGCUUAUUUGGGUCUGCCAGCCUUGGGGAGAAGGCAAUUUUAGCUGGUGGUUGUGAUUCUCAGGGAAAUAUAUUGAGCUCAGCAGAGCUUUAUAAUUCUGAAACUGGAAAAUGGGAGACACUUCCAAGCAUGAAUAAAUCCAGGAAGAUGUGUUCUGGAGUCUUUAUGGAUGGAAAGUUUUAUGUGCUUGGGGGUAUUGGGGGAAGUGAAUCAAAGGUUCUUACAUGUGGAGAGGAGUUUAAUUUGGAGACGAGAACUUGGACAGAGAUUCCUAAAAUGUCUCCUGGGCGAAGUGAUGCAGCCAGGGAGAAUGAUAUGCCUGCUGCGACGGAGGCACCCCCUUUGGUUGCAGUGGUAAAUAAUGAAUUGUACUCAGCUGAUUAUGCAGCAAUGGUGGUCAGGAAGUAUGACAAGGAUAGGAAACGUUGGUAUACAGUGGGGAGUUUGCCCCAACGAUUAGUCUCAAUGAAUGGUUGGGGCCUUGCUUUCAGGGCAUGUGGAGAUCGGCUGGUCGUUAUUGGUGGUCCUAGGACUUUGGGUGAAGGGAGCAUAGAGCUCAAUUCAUGGGUCCCCGGUGAAGGCCAACCACAGUGGAACUUGCUUGCUAGAAAGCGAUCGGGUAAUUUUGUCUAUAAUUGUGCUGUCAUGGGUUGCUGAAUAUUUGGAUUUUCACAGCUCCAUGUCUUCUUUAAUGCUGCCUCACUCUCAUUGGUUGGACCAGAUUGGUUUAUACAUCGGCUAAAGAUUCUUGCUAAUGGGUAAUUUCUCCUUUCAUUUUUUUUUUCUUAUUUCUUUCCCUUUUUGGGUGGGAGAGGAUGGAAUCAAUAGUAGAUUUUAUCCAAGAUUCAAGAAAAUGUUUUAUUCGAAGGUAAUCUUGGGUUUUAUUUUUUCUUUUUCAAUUUUUAUUUUAUUUUCUUCCAUUGAAUGCAUGUCCUCUCCCCUUUCGGUGACGUGAGAACUUUCAAAGGUUGGCGUCAUGUAGCACAGAGAUAGUUUCAAUAAAUUGAAGUACCAAUACAUCUGUAGGUUGUUAGUGUUUGCUGAAGCUUUUUAAAGAAUUUCAGGAUUAGAUAUUUGAAUUUAAUGAUCCUUCAUUUCAUUGUCUUAGGGGAGAAUAAGCUCUGAGAGAUUUUGUUUUUUGGGCCAUGGCUUAUGUAUUGGCUACAUUUUUUUUUGAUAAACAUGUAUUGUUUACAUUUAUUGUUGCAAUUAAUUAGCUAUUUAUAUUUUGAA